CCCUGUGGCCCAUUAAAACACUAUGUUGUGUUUGCUGCUAUAAAUCUCAUAGGGCGAAACCCUAGCUGCAGCUCUUCUUCAUCACCGUUUUGCAGUUGUUCGGUUAUUGGAGUAGCAAUGGCGCCUAAAGCUGACAACAUAAAGAAGACUGAUGCAAAGUCUCAGGCUUUAAAGGCAGCCAAAGCUGUGAAAACAGGUUCAACAUUCAAAAAGAAGGCCAAGAAGAUCCGAACUAAGGUCACCUUUCACCGCCCAAGGACUUUGAAGACAGACAGGAACCCGAAGUAUCCCCGCAUCAGUGCUCCACCAAGGAACAAGUUGGAUCACUAUCAGAUUCUUAAGUAUCCUUUGACAACUGAAUCUGCAAUGAAGAAGAUCGAAGACAACAACACUCUUGUUUUCAUUGUUGACAUCCGUGCUGACAAGAAGAAGAUCAAGGCCGCAGUCAAGAAGAUGUAUGACAUCCAGACCAAGAAAGUCAACACCCUAAUCAGACCUGAUGGAACGAAAAAAGCUUAUGUGCGGCUGACUCCGGAUUAUGAUGCGUUGGAUGUUGCUAACAAGAUUGGAAUCAUCUAAGCUUAAGCUGUUAUUGCUUCAGUCGAAAGGUGUAUUGUCAUUUUUGACAUUAUUGUUAGUUUUGUUGUCUGGAAUAGAGUUUGAAAUUUCUUAUGUUUGAUCAAGGAUGUUAAUGGAUCAUAUUUUAAUAGUUGGAGUUGCUGUUUCAAUUUUUGAGAGUUUACAUUCA